UGACAGACGAGGCAUUUUUUUUCACUUAAUUAAAUGUGAAUUGCUAAUCUUUGAGAUAUGGCUGUAUCUAUUGUCAUUAAAGGCCCAGUGCAGUCAAAAACGAAUAUAUAUUUCCACACUAUGUGGUUGGAAUAAUACUGUGAAAUUGUGAAAAGGAUGAUAAUGCCCCUUUAGUGUAAGAGCUGUUUGAAAAGGCCACGUGAAAGUUCUGUCUGUUUUGGCGGGAUGGAGUUUUGGCCUGCCUGGUGUCUUCACCAAGGUAAAUUAGUAAAUUAGUUAAUAGACCAAUAAGACAGAUAGUUCCAAACAUUGGAUUAGGGAUCAGUAAAUUAAUAGGAUCUGGUUCAAAACCUCUUUGCCAAUAGCAGGUUGUUUUCAGUUUUCAGUUUUCAGCUCCCCACCUCCAGACAGUCCUAGCAAAAUUGUUGCUUGAGAAAUUGCUCUUUGGUAAGAAGCUAUUUUUGUUUCUUUUUGAUGAUUUUAAUUGAUAACAACACAGUAGGGUACUUAAUUGUCACCCAAAAAUGGAUUUGAUAUUGAUACAAAAACAGCUGCAUUGGACCUUUAACGUCUAUGGUAGUGGGAAGAAUUGCAUGUAACUCUGCCCACUUAAUAUUUCCAUUAACACUAAACAUACUGUACAGCUGUGUGUGCAUAGUGGCUGCUAACCUAAAAACACACAAAACAUACUCCCGUUCUUCCUCGGCAGAAACGAGAGAUAGAAGGAGAAAGAAAGGAAUAGAAAAAGGAACAGAUAGUGAUAGAGGAAGACAAGCAGAACAUGGGGUCUUUAGCGGUGGGGGGGUUGACCUUAAAGCCUUUGACUACCAUUUUGUGGCUGUGGUAUCAGCGUGGCUAGUAAUAGGUUUAGGUUUAGGUUUAUUUAAUCAUCUUGGUACAUAUGUCAGAAACAUACAUAACAUGUGAUGUCAUACAACAAGUGGAAAGAUAAGACCAGCCUGAAAGGAUAAGACCAGCCUUAUCCAUGACUAUUGUUUUAGGGAAGAGUUAUAGGUAACACUUCUUAUGAAUACCUUCUUCAUAAUGCAUUAUAAACACAUCCACAGAGCCUUAUUAGCUAUGCAUAAUACACUUUAAGCUAUAACUACAUGCAUAAAGGAUUAUGAGUUAUUAUGCACAUGAGAUUCUGUAUUGGAUUGUUCAUCUUGGACUGGAUCAUCUUUGUUCCUGGUAAUGUACACUGAGUGUACAAAACAUUAAGAACACCUUCCUAAUAUUGAGUUGCACCCCCUCCGGGCCCCCUUUUGCCCUCAGAACAGCCUCAAUUCGUCAGGCACGGACUCUACAAGGUGUUGAAAGUGUUCCACAGGUUUGCUUGCCCAUGUUGACUCCAAUGCUUCCCACAGUUGUGUCAAAUUGGCUGGAUGUCCCUUUGAUGGGUAACCAUUCUUCAUACACACGGAAACUGUUGAGCAUGAGAAGCCCAGCAGCUCUUCAGUUCUCAGCAGCUCUUGACACAAACCGUUGGACCUGGCACCUACUACCAUCCCCUGCACAAAGGCACUUAAAUCUUUUGUCUUGCCCAUUCACCCUCUGAAUGGCACACAUACACAAUCCAUGUCUCAACUGUCUCAAAGCUUCGAAAUCAUUCUAUUGCCUGUCUCCUCCAGGUGACAUCAAUAAGGGAUCACAGCUUUCAGCUCGAUUCACUUGGUCAGUCUAUGUAAUUGAAAGAGCAGGUGUUCAUAAUGUUUUGUACACUCAGUACAGUAAUUUGCUUAAUCUAGUCGCAUUGCAUCAGAGGUAUGAAUAGGGAAGGAAAGCCAGUGUGUGAGUUUUGGUUCAUCUUACAUUAGUACCCCAGGUCAUCUUAGGUUUCAUUACAUACAGUCGAGAAGAACUACUGAAUAUAAGAUCAGCGUCAACUCACCAUCAGUACGACCAAGAAUAUGUUUUUCGCGACGCGGAUCCUGUGUUCUGCCUUACAAGCAGGACAACGGAAUGGAUCGCAUGCAGCGACCCAAAAAACAACUCCGAAAAAGAGGGAAACGAGGCGGUCUUCUGGUCAGACUUCGGAGACGGGCACACCGUGCACCACUCCCUAGCAUUCUUCUUGCCAAUGUCCAGUCUCUAGACAACAAGGUUGAUGAAAUCCGAGCAAGGGUAGCAUUCCAGAGGGACAUCAGAGAUUGUAACGUUCUGUGCUUCACGGAAACAUGGCUCACUGGAGAGACGCUAUCCGAAGCGGUGCAGCCAACAGGUUUCUCCACGCAUCGCGCCGACAGAAACAAACACCUUUCUGGUAAGAAGAGGGGCGGGGGCGUAUGCCUUAUGGCUAACGAGACAUGGUGUGAUGAAAGAAACAUACAGGAACUCAAAUCCUUCUGUUCACCUGAUUUAGAAUUCCUCACAAUCAAAUGUAGACCGCAUUAUCUACCAAGAGAAUUCUCUUCGAUUAUAAUCACAGCCGUAUAUAUCCCCCCCCAAGCAGACACAUCGAUGGCUCUGAACGAACUUUAUUUAACUCUUUGCAAACUGGAAACCAUUUAUCCGGAGGCUGCAUUCAUUGUAGCUGGGGAUUUUAAUAAGGCUAAUCUGAAAACAAGACUCCCUAAAUUGUAUCAGCAUAUCGAUUGCGCAACCAGGGGUGGAAAACCUUGGAUCAUUGUUACUCUAACUUCCGCGACGCAUAUAAGGCCCUGCCCCGCCCCCCUUUCGGAAAAGCUGACCACGACUCCAUUUUGCUGAUCCCUGCCUACAGACAGAAACUAAAACUAGAGGCUCACACGCUGAGGUCUGUCCAACGCUGGUCCGACCAAGCUGACUCCACACUCCAAGACUGCUUCCAUCACUUGGACUGGGAUAUGUUUCGUAUUGCGUCAGAUAACAACAUUGACGAAUACGCCGAUUCGGUGUGCGAGUUCAUUAGAACGUGCGUUGAAGAUGUCGUUCCCAUAGCAACAUUCCCUAACCAGAAACCGUGGAUUGAUCGCAGCAUUCGCGUGAAACUGAAAGCGCGAACCACUGCUUUUAAUCAGGGCAAGGUGUCUGGUAACAUGGCCGAAUACAAACAGUGCAGCUAUUCCCUCCGCAAGGCUAUCAAACAAGCUAAGCGUCAGUACAGAGACAAAGUAGAAUCUCAAUUCAACGGCUCAGACACAAGAGGCAUGUGGCAGGGUCUACAGUCAAUCACGGACUACAGGAAGAAAUCCAGCCCAGUCACGGACCAGGAUGUCUUGCUCCCAGGCAGACUAAAUAACUUUUUUGCCCACUUUGAGGACAAUACAGUGCCACUGACACGGCCUGCAACGAAAACAUGCGGCCUCUCCUUCACUGCAGCCGAGGUGAGUAAGACAUUUAAACGUGUUAACCCUCGCAAGGCUGCAGGCCCAGACGGCAUCCCCAGCCGCGCCCUCAGAGCAUGCGCAGACCAGCUGGCCGGUGUGUUUACGGACAUAUUCAAUCAAUCCCUAUACCAGUCUGCUGUUCCCACAUGCUUCAAGAGGGCCACCAUUGUUCCUGUUCCCAAGAAAGCUAAGGUCCACAGACGAUGCAAUCUCAACCACACUGCACACUGCCCUAACCCAUCUGGACAAGAAGAAUACCUAUGUGAGAAUGCUGUUCAUCGACUACAGCUCGGCAUUCAACACCAUAGUACCCUCCAAGCUCGUCAUCAAGCUCGAGACCCUGGGUCUCGACCCCGCCCUGUGCACCUGGGUACUGGACUUCCUGACAACAUCUCCUCCCCUCUGAUCCUCAACACUGGGGCCCCACAAGGGUGCGUUCUGAGCCCUCUCCUGUACUCCCUGUUCACCCACGACUGCGUGGCCGCACACGCCUCCAACUCAAUCAUCAAGUUUGCGGACAACACAACAGUGGUAGGCUUGAUUACCAACAACGACGAGACGGCCUACAGGGAGGAGGUGAGGGCCCUCGGAGUGUGGUGUCAGGAAAAUAACCUCACACUCAACGUCAACAAAACUAAGGAGAUGAUUGUGGACUUCAGGAAACAGCAGAGGGAACACCCCCCUAUCCACAUCGAUGGAACAGUAGUGGAGAGGGAAGCAAGUUUUAAGUUCCUCGGCAUACACAUCACAGACAAACUGAAUUGGUCCACUCACACAGACAGCAUCGUGAAGAAGGCGCAGCAGCGCCUCUUCAACCUCAGGAGGCUGAAGAAAUUCGGCUUGUCACCAAAAGCACUCACAAACUUCUACAGAUGCACAAUCGAGAGCAUCCUGGCGGGCUGUAUCACCGCCUGGUACGGCAACUGCUCCGCCCUCAACCGUAAGGCUCUCCAGAGGGUAGUGAGGUCUGCACAACGCAUCACCUGGGGCAAACUACCUGCCCUCCAGGACACCUACACCACCCGAUGUUACAGGAAGGCCAUAAAGAUCAUCAAGGACAUCAACCACCCGAGCCACUGCCUGUUCACCCCGCUAUCAUCCAGAAGGCGAGGUCAGUACAGGUGCAUCAAAGCUGGGACCGAGAGACUGAAAAACAGCUUCUAUCUCAAGGCCAUCAGACUGUUAAACAGCCACCACUAACAUUGAGUUGCCGCUGCCAACACACUGACACUGACUCAACUCCAGCCACUUUAAUAAUGGGAAUUGAUGGGAAUGAUGUAAAUAUAUCACUAGCCACUUUAAACAAUGCUACCUUAUAUAAUGUUACUUACCCUACAUUAUUCAUCUCAUAUGCAUACGUAUAUACUGUACUCUAUAUCAUCGACUGCAUCCUUAUGUAAUACAUGUAUCACUAGCCACUUUAACUAUGCCACUUUGUUUACAUACUCAUCUUAUAUGUAUAUACUGUACACGAUACCAUCUACUGUAUCUUGCCUAUGCUGCUCUGUACCAUCACUCAUUCAUAUAUCCUUAUGUACAUAUUCUUUAUCCCCUUACACUGUGUAUAAGACAGUUUAGGAAUUGUUAGGUAGAUUACUUGUUGGUUAUUACUGCAUUGUCGGAACUAGAAGCACAAGCAUUUCGCUACACUCACAUUAACAUCUGCUAACCAUGUGUAUGUGACAAAUACAAUUUGAUUUGAUUUGAUUUGAUAUACAGUGACGGGGUAGGCUGUCAUUGUAAAAUAAGAAUUUGUUCUUCACUGACUUGACUAGUUAAAUAAAGAUUGCAUUUAAUUUUUUAUUUUUAAAUGCAUGUGACUCCAUGAUCACAUUGGCCCCACAGGGGUUCCCAACCUUUUUACAGGGGUUCCCAACCUUUUUACAGGGGUUCCCAACCUUUUUACAGGGGUUCCCAACCUUUUUACAGGGGUUCCCAACUAAAUUUUACAUUUG